AUGACCCCUGAUAACAAGGCAGCCGAGUCCUGCUCCGGCGGCAUCUCCGCCUCGCUCCCUCCUUCCCUCCCUCCCUCCCUCUCCUCCCGCCCCGCGUUGGGAGCCGGCCAGGCGGGGAAUGCGCAAGCUCCAGCCCGGCCAGCCCCAGUGCUCAGUUGCAUCUCCAUCAUGGCGCUCCGGCGGCGGGUGCUGCUGCUUCUCCUCCGCCUGCUGCCCCUGCUCCGCUACAGGAUCUUGGCGGUUGAGCUGACAUCCUUCAACACGCAGCCCGUGGUGCAGGAAUUUCAGCGUGCUGACCUUUCCUGCAUCAUUUCCUCCACCAAAACCCUCCACCCCAGGAUUGAGUGGAAGAAAAUUUCCGGCAAGGAAACUACCUAUGUUUAUUACAAUCAUAGGAUGCAAGGUGACUGGGGAACCCGGGCUCAGCUCCUGGACAGGACCUCGCUGGUUAUCCAUAAUGUGACCCGUGCUGAUAAAGGCGUUUACCGGUGUGAGGUGGUGGCGCCCGAUGAUGUAAAUAUUGGAGCUGAGAUCAACAUCAACCUGACAGUUCAUGUGAAACCCGUUGCUCCUAAGUGCCGAGUGCCCCUGUCAGUGCCUGUGGGUAAAUCUGCAAGCCUGAAGUGCCAGGAGACAGAAGGCUUCCCGGAACCAACUUACAGCUGGUACCGCAACUCUGACUCUUUGCCGGCCGACUCCAGAUCCAACCCCAAAUUCCAGAACUCUUCUUUCACUGUGAACUCAAAAACAGGCACUCUGUUCUUCACUGAGGUGCACAAGGGCGACACGGGCCGUUACUACUGCAUAGCGUCAAACAGUGUCGGUUCUGCCAAGUGUGAGGAACAGCAAAUGGAAAUCUAUGACCUGAACAUCGCUGGGAUCAUUGGGGGAGUCUUGGUGGUCCUUGUAGUCCUGUCGCUGAUUACGGUGGGAAUCUGCUGUGCCUACAGGAAAGGUUUAUUUGUGAACAACAAGCAGAAUGGAAACAGCUAUAAGACACCAGCCAAGCCAGACGGUGUGAACUACAUCCGCACAGAUGAAGAGGGUGACUUCAGACACAAGUCCUCCUUUGUUAUAUGAAAUGCGGAGAAAUUGGAUUUUGCCCACCAGCAACAAUGGAGAAUGGAAGUAAAAUACCUCCAUCUGGAACUCUUUCAGCAAGAGCAGAUAACCAACUUUGCACGGUUGGCAGCAUCGUCUGGACCAUUAUGCGCACCUGUGCGCAAACCUGAUUUUACUACUUUUUUUUUUUUUCCUGCCAAAGCCAAGCAGUGAUUUUUAACAACCAAAUUGAUCUCUUUCUUCCUAGAAGGUAACCCAUGGAUCACCUUGGUGUGGUGGAUACAUUUGAAACUUUGGCUGAAGAAAAGGAUUGCUUAAAAGCACCUGCGUCGCUACCUGGAUCCAUGCUCUUACACCGCCGUGAGAAUUUGCGGGGUGACCUUCUGUCACAGUAUUACAAACUGUCGGGGUAUCUAAGCUUGAAGAGGGAAAAAUUAUCUUGAAAUCUGGGGUUUGCUUUUUUUUUUAAAAAAAAAAGAAGAGUCACAGUAUUAAUAGAAUGAAAUUCUAGCCAAAUGAGGAGAAAAGCCCCACUGCCAGCCAGUCUUGGGAUAUAGUUAAGAAUGCUGUUGCUAUGUUGGACCUUACACCAGCGUCGUUAGUUGGGAUUCUCCCCCCCCCCCCCCCGGUUAAAAGCACAAUAAUACCUGUAUGUAGAGAGAGGGAAAAAACCCAGAAGCUAUCUUGGCACUCGGACAGCUCCCACAAACUCCCCGGCAACGACCUUGCCACCCACCCAAAAGUGGUACCGUUUGCUGACCUAACAACGCCCAUGCGUGGAAAGCACCAAUCAACAUACUGCCAUGGCAGGGAUGCCAUGAUGUUACCCUUGCUACAUGCAUGAGUAAAUUCUGGAUCCUUCCUCGUCAGAGCCUCCCAUGGAGCAGUACUUUGGGAGCUGGUACCUAGAAGCCCUAGGCAACAGGCAACCCUGGACCAACGGUUCUUGUCCCAGUGGGAUCUUGCCCUGAUGCAUUAGCCAGUGAUCUCAUGCAGGCAGCUGCCCAACUUGUCCAGGGUCCCUUAUCUUUGGAAGAUGCAGGGCAGACAGCAGAGUGACGAGUGAAGCCUUUCCCCAAGCUAUCCUUUCACGUGGGUAUAGCUGCACCUGUCCCUUUCCUUAGCCGUGGGCAACUGGUGGCACUCUGUCCUUCCCCACAAACAGCUGGUUUCCCACAGCUCUACUUAUGCUCUACUACUCGUUUGUGAUUUGCAUAGCACUGGAUGGGGAACAUCUGGCAGUGUUUGAAGUCGUGGGCAACUGUGCGAGCAAACGCUAGUCAGCAUUUCUCCCCGUAAUUCCGGGGAGACUUCCUAUAGCCGUGGGCAUUUGCUCUGCAGCCUUCUGGUGUGGUUAAGGAGGUGAAGGUGGGAUGGAGGCCUUUAAACCCAAGCCAUAAACUCUCCCGUUUCACUCUCCACACCUGUGUGCUUUCCUGUCAGGGAUGCUUUCCUCUUGGUGCCCCAGUUAUAGCUAUUGGGUUGGAUCCUGCAGCUCCUUUUCUGCAGACGGUUGUUCUUUCCUCUGGCGUUAGGAGUCCUUUGCCUGGUCCUCACUAAGGUGGCCAACCUGGCCUGGGCUGUAGCACUUCAGAUUCCAGGCAAACCAGAAAAUCCCAUUGGCCUAGAAAACUAGUAGGAGGGCUAGAACCCUUUUCGCAGGUUGGUUUUUCUACAUGCAGGGAAUUGGUUGUAUAGAUGAGCAUUCACUCAGGUGAGCCUCCCUGCUAUCCGAAGCAGUUCUGCCCAAAUCCAGGUAGAGCCUCUCCAUCAAAACUCCGUCAAAGCUUUAGAGUUUUGCUAGCGUAAGGAAUUCAGUAGCCAUCCUAUCUUCACCCAGCCUGUGAAAAUGGAGAAUAGGAUUGGGAGGUCCACUUGUUUGGCCAUUUGUAUGAAUUUCUUUUGGUAGGUGCUUCUUCGUGCCAGAGGAUACAGGGUUCUGCCAUCUGUGGGAGGCAGAGCGGCAUGCUGCUACUCCUUUUGAUUUCCUGGUAGGUUGGUGUCUUUUCAGCUCUUCUUUGACAGCUGCCAGGGUCUUUGGGUGUUCUCAGAUCAGGGUUUGACUAUCGUAAGCCAGCUUUUCUACAUUGGGAUCAAGAGAUGCAUUUCCUCUGCUGUGAGUUUUCCAAUCGACAUCACUCCAGUCUUUUCAUUUUCCAGUCCCAAGAAAGCAAUGCCUUUUUCUUCCUCACUUUUAUUUUAAAAUCUCUGUCCUCUGCAUCGGACCAUCUUGCCCAUCAGGCAUCCCUUUUUCUACCAGUCUUAGAAUUCGGAUCCCCCCGCGCUCCCCAGUAAAGAUGAAAAUGUCAACCCACGCAUGGAUGGGGGGAAAACACCAAUGUGAUAUCAAGACAAAAGGCAAAGCUUUUUUUCUAUCGUUCCCACUCCUUUUGUAGAAUUCCACAUUCUAAAAUUUUUUGCAAAGAUAUAUUUUGAUUACUUAAAGCGGUUAACAUUUCUAUUUAAAAUGUAAAUAGUUUGGUAGGACAAACAGUGUUCAGUAACAAUGUAGCUGUUUUUUUUUUUAAAGGUGUGACUUAUGGGUGUGAGUUUUUUAAUUUUUUUUUUUUUUAGUGCCCGGCUGCUUCAAACCGUAUCAGUAUUGUUGCAAACAGCACAGGCACACACCAGACAAGCAAGGGAGCCUGUUCCAGCUGUGUUUUAUCUCAUCAAAGAAAUAAGACGUUGGCGGGGUGUGGGGGGAGAGCUUUCCCCUUUCUGCACAAAGGAUCAAAAGAGCUGCACAAUUAUUGCUGUGUGCCGUAAGGCAAAAGCGUUUCUCAAACAGCCCUCUUCCCGACUGUUUCAAAUGCAUAGGUUUUUAUGCUAUGCCCCUGUGAUCUGCCGUGAGCCAAAAGGAAAGGCGGACUAAAAUAUUUUAACAAAUAAGUUUUUUAAAAAUCCAAGAAUGAGUCAAAAUCACCUUCAAAUACGUACAAGCCCUUUGGUGUGCCUAAAGUAACUUUGAGCCCACAGGGCAUGCCUGAAACGGCCAAAGGAUUUUAUUUAAAAAAGUCGUUCAAUGAAGCGAUGGGUUUUAGCAAGUCGAAUGUUUGCUGGUGCAGACCCAUCCCUUCUUGACUGUCAUAAGUUUUCCAGUUUCAGAUCUGAGAAACUCUCAUUGCAGCCUAGAAAAUGAAAAAAGUUGAUACAGGAGUGAUAUAUUUAAAAACAGGCACAGUCCUGCCUAGAAGCAGAUUGGGCUGAUUUCAGGUGCUGAGCUAUUGGCCAGUGGGAGAUACUAUCCAGUGUGUUGCAAGACCAAUGCAAUGGUGUGCUUGAAAGCAAAAGAACGCGGCUAUUCUUUAAAACAUAACGUCCUUUUUUCCGUUACGGUGUUUCUCGGUUACAUUUUUAAUGUUCUUAACUUUGGGAUUCAUUCAGUAUUUUUGGGGGGGGGGUGCAUUGUGGAUUUUGGACUCUGUGUUCUGUAUUAAUCUGCCUUGGAGUAUCCAACACACUGUUCCCCCCCGCCCCCUUGCUCGGGGCUUUGCAGGAGAUGCUGUUGGUGCGUUUAGUUACUAGAUGGAAGGAAGGCCCAAAAGUCCUCUUGUCUGAUCUCUCACUCAGGCCAGCGAUCCCAAGGUGUCCUACUGCCAACCUCGUUUUCCUUUAACUGCGGCUACCUCCGAGAGGCAUUCAACCAAAGCUGACCUUCUUGCCCACUGCCAAAGUAUUUCCCCCUGCAAACCGUGAUGGUGAUACAAUGGGAUUGUCUUAAAAAAUGGCUGUCCCUUCUGUCUUGUUUUUUUCCAUCUCCCUUUUCUGUGCUGCCUUGAGGUUCACCAGAAAGCAGGCUCACGGAACUAGAAGUGCGUAUCUGCACCAAGGACAGCGUCUACACUACAGUUGUCACCUGGUCUAAUUGUCACGGUUUGAGGCUCGGCACUUAUAAGGAGCAUCUGAGAGACUCUGGCUCAGCCCUUGCAAAGUUACCAGUUCAAAGUAUUGGGAUGGCCUUAAGCCUAGGAGUAGCAGGAAUGUGAAAUGUGGUCUGGCAGUGAGCUUUGGGAGACUGCCACUGAAUCCGCUUAAGGCUGAAUGCCCAGUUAGGUGACAUUCCUGACUACAGUUUCAGAUCGCUCUGCUGUAUACAAACAAGCUCCAUGCAAGUUAAUAAGCUAGCAUUUUAAUUCUCCCUGAAUUGCCAGCUUACUACAUGCAGGGAACAUGAAAAAUGCAAUUGCCCACAGACAGCCUGAAGUGGUAGAUUCUCUUACCGCUCUUUGUUUCAUUCUGCGGUUUGGCUGAGUCAGGCCCACCUUGUGCAGAACGAGGCAAUGGAGUGUUCGUUCAUGUGUGUAGUUAAUAAUGUAGCCCUCCUCUGAAGUCCCCUGCAGGUAGUCAGUGAGCGUCUCAGCGAACUGUGUCAACCUUGGUGAUGUGCUUGUUAACCACAAGCAGAGUUUAGAAGGUGCGUUUUUUUUUAAAAACCCACCACCUUCCAUGCGGCACUUCACCGCCUGUAUCAUGUGGAUGUGAAACAGCCAACCGCUGUGUUUUGCUUCUUAUGAAAACAGACAUGAGAAAGAUAUGGGGGUCUGUUUCCUUCUGAAUUAGAUCAAUGGGCAGCUCAGUCAUGACAGUGAAUCCAAUUUUAGGUUGUUAUGUGGACAUGUGCCGACCCCCGACCCCCCCCCCCCCCGCUUUACUUGAAAAGCUGCUGGCCUUUCUCCCCGAAGCCUGACCUGCAGAAUUGGACUCCCCUUUCAGACUCAAAGGUGCACCAACUGCAUUACCAACCCAGACAGGAGUCUCCGCCCCGGCAAUAGCUUCACAAAACUCAUUGUAAACAUUUGACCGGUUUAUACUAAUGUAUUGCAUUUCACUUUGCCAAGAAGGUUUUACAUAAAUAUUAAAAAAGA